GAUUCUCUAGAGCACCAUCCUAUGCCUGGAUUUCCAGCCUCCCUGUGCGUGUCCAGGAGGUGCAGGCACCCAUGGACUUUUUUUCCAAGCAGUUCUCAGUAUUGAUGGAAUUAAUUUAAGCAAAAGAUGGUAAGACUGAAGUGAGCUGGAGGGAGUUUUUCAAAGUGCCUUUUUGGGUGUUUGCUCAUAUACUCAGCCCUGAAAAAUAAUCUGUGUGUUUACUGACUGUGUUUGCACUGUCUCUACUGUGCCAGUAUUUUCUUUGUACCUGGGCCAUGGCCCUCGAUAGCCAGGGGUGUUAUUGAGCAGUUUGGAUGAGUGCCCCCAGUCUCUAUUUAUUUGUGUUUUAACAAGGGUCUGCAAUGCUGAACUCUGAGCAGUCACCGUAGCAUCACCUUAUGUGAGACCUGGGGCAGGGAGCAGAGAGGAGCACGCUCAAUAUCAUCCUUAAAAUGUUGCUACCCCCACGCAGGCAUUUGGUGAGCAGCCUGCAGACCCCCAUGUGAACAGAGCUGCUGAUGCCAAGGCAGAGAAUUAAAGACUACUCUUGGAGACUUUGCCCCGUUCCUGCCAGUGCUCAGGGGUCCAACCUGGCCUUGAACACUGCCAGGGAUGGGGCAGCCACAGCUUCUCUGGGCACCCUGUGCCAGUGCCUCACCACCCUCAUAGUGAAGAUGCAUCAUAGUGACUUGUUGCAUUGGUUGUUCAUGAGACUUUCUUCCAGGCAUCUCAUGUUUUAAAAUCAAGGGAUCUUCUUGAAGAUCCUUUGGUAGCUCAGGAGCACGAGCAUCCUCCGUUUGAAUACAUUCCAAUGCAUUAUCCUGCUUUUGCAGGAUAAAGACUGACCUGUGUUUUGCUGCUGGGGAAGACUGGGCACACAUGGUUUGGUGAUGUGUCACUCAGGGGGAGACCAAGUUUUGAUGCCAUCUCCAAAUUUCUACCUUUCCAUAGAUACAGAGUGAAGGGGGGACAAGCCAGGUUGUCCUCAGGGUUUGUUGCUGCUGAUGUGGCUGCACUGCCCUGAGCUUGUGAAAGGUCAAGCUGAUGACGACGGUGUCCAUGUUUCUUCUCAGGGUGUGACUUACUGCGGUAAAAGCUCGGCCAGCAAUCUCACCAUGGCCAAUGUCCCCUGGCACGAGGAGGUGGUGCACUUCGUCCAGGAGCUCGCCAACCUUAUCCCCGACUAUGAAAUUGCCUGUGAGCAUGAGCACUCGAACUGUCUCCUCAUCGCUCACAAAAAGUUCAAGAUCAAUGGCGAGUGGUGCACAUGGAUCGACUACGACCGCUUCCAGGAGCUGGUGCGAGCACAGGAGCAAAGUGGCGGCUCCCAGACUUUCACAGCAGCUGAUUAUGCAGCCAGAACUCCUCACUGGGCACUCUUUGGGUCCAGAGAGAGGGGAUUCGAUCCCUUGGAUGUGAGAUACCACAUGCCACUGCGAAGCCCCGUCCACCCCAACUCACCUGGCAACACGGGCGCGCUGCCGCUUCUGGGCUGGCUGGUGUCAGUAAGGCCGGCGGUGGUGGAAACGUCUUGCCCAGAAGCGACCGAUGCUGUGGUCCUCUUUGCUGCCUGUGUGCGGCUGGUGCCUGAGCAGCGCUGGGGGAUGGCUGACGGGAGGGAGCAAGAAAUCAGGACCCGCAACUUGCCGCAUGGGACUAGCCCUUAG